GAUGGUUGUCGCAGAGAGUGACAAAUCAUACUACAGUUCCUAUUCAAAUGACGCUAUCCGGUGGUUAGCGCCCGAAUUGAUCGGCUCAUUGGACCAAGAAAGCAUUCUGGAUGACAGUGACGGCGAUAGCGACUUACUGAGACCGAACAGUCAGAGCGAUAUAUUUUCGCUCGGUUGCAUCAUGCUACAUGUCUUCUCGGGUAGACUUCCCUUUUGGUGGCUUAGAAAUAUUCAACAGGUACUCAGAGCUCGGUUCAAGCACGUAGAGCCAUAUCGGGUCGAACCUACUGUGACCGUUAGCCACCAGCAUUUGGAUUUCAUGCGGAAAUGUUGGUCAGCCAAGCCUGAGGAUCGUCCUUCCACCGAGGAUGCUGCUUCCUUUGGACGUUCAAGCGGCGCUGUGACUAUACUACGGCCGGUUAAUUCUGUAGACAACACUGCCGCCUCCGCAGAUUCCGCAACCCCCCCGUCGACGAUACCAGUCGUACCAGAGCCAGGACCGAGUAUCACUAUGCAGCCAGAUGCAUUGCUUCAAAGAUCACCGCAAGUUCGGCCAGUUCCAGUAUCCGAUAUCACUGUUCUGCAGCCAGAUGCAUCAAUUGGGAUACCUGCCCCGCAAGUCGAGGUGCAGUUCGAUCUUCCUAUACCAUCCAAGACAGUGGAUGAAAAUCUUGCACCUGGGGCCGUGACUAUACUACAGUCGGUUACCCCUGGUACAAAUGAAGCGCAGCCACUCAGAGAGGCCUCCGAUGCGAACCCAUUCGCUAUUCCGUCUACAUCUAUCAAGAGGCAAUCAGAUUAUCCUACGUCAUCUAGUGGUUUGGGCGAUAUCUGGAAGUGCUCAAUGAUCAUUGAUCCGGAAUCCUCUACUGAGGUUGCUGUCAAAUCUAUCAGGACAACGGACAUACACAAUGAAGAUGCUAUCCAAAAAGCGAAGAAGAGACUUUGCCGCGAGGUAGCCGCAUGGAUUGAACUGAGGCAUGCGCAUGUUCUCGCUCUUCACGGCACGGUCUCCGGUUUUGGACCGUUGCCUGCCCUUGUUUCUACAUGGAUGCACGACGAGGCACUCGAUGCUUACCUGGAGCGCACGAGCCUCACCCUCACCAUGGUACAGAAAUUACAGCUGUUGAAACAGGUGGUAGAUGGCUUGAUAUAUCUUCAUGAACGGGAAGUAAUUCACGGGGACCUGACCAGCACAAAUGUUAUGAUCGACCGGGAUGGCAAUGCAUUUUUGACAAAUUUCGGUCUUUCGGUGGUUCUUGCAGAGAGUGACAGAUCGUACUACCGCUCGUAUUCGAGUAGCGCUGUUCGCUGGUUAGCGCCCGAAUUGAUCAGCUCACCGGAACCAGAAAGCAUUCCGGAUGACAGUGACAGCAAUGUCGACUUCCCGAAACCAAACAGUCAGAGCGAUGUAUUUUCACUGGGUUGCAUCAUGCUACAUGUCUUUUCGGGUAGACUUCCCUUCUGGUGGCUUGGAGAUGUUCGACUGGUAUUCGGAGCUCGGUUGGACUGCGUAGAGCCAUAUCAGCUCGAACACAAUGUAAUCAUUAGCUACCAGCAUUUGGAUUUCAUGGGAAAUGUUGGUCAGCCAAGCCUGAGGAUCGUCCUUCCACGGAGGAUGCUACUUCUUUUGUGGAAUAUGAACUAG